UCACACCUUUCCAGCUUGCUCGUCGCUGUCCGAAUCAGGCAUUGUGACUAGUUUCGGUUGAAAGUCAUCGCCGGAAGGCUAGGAAUGGGCAUCCUAAGCUACCAGCCGACUUUCAAAGGCCGGCGUAGACCGCUUCUCUUCGCCUUCUUGGGCGUCUUCUGUCUCUUUACAGUCUGGCUAUCUCAGACAGAUUACACCACAUCCCUCUCACGAUCCUCUUAUUCCCCGGAGAAGCCCAGUAUCGACACCGCUUCGACUACAAAGCCCAACUCGUCCAUCACUCAACACGAUGCUUCCAACGUCGACGACUCGAAUGACUGCCGCAACGCCCCGGGCGCCAGUGAUGUACACAUAGUUCUUAAAGUCGGCAUCAACGAGAUUUACGAGAAACUUCCACCACAACUUCUCACCCUCCUCUCCUGUGCCCCUUCAUAUACCGUGUACUCCGAUGUUGCACAAACAAUCCACGGCACCCCUAUCUACGACUCCAUUGCCAGUAUAAAUUCCUCUUUCAAGAAUACACAGCCCGAGUUCGCAUACUAUCACACAGUCAACGCCCUUCAUGCUGACGGCCAAGAUAUCGCUGCUGUUGUGGACAAAACUGAAGAAGGCGACAAGAGAGCAGGAUGGAAACUAGACAAAUGGAAGUUCUUGAGCAGCUACAAAGAGAGCUAUGCGAAGGCGCCCAAGGCGAAAUGGUACUUUUUCAUGGAGCCCGAUACUGCAGUAAUUUGGCCAAACCUGCUCACCUGGACGCGCCGCCUCAAUCCCGACCGCGAGAUUUACAGCGGGAGUCAGAACAGCCAUGGCGGAGUUACCUUCGCACAUGGAGGUAGCGGAGUGCUUGUCAGUAAAGCUGCUAUGCAGAGGCUGAUGGACGAGUAUGAUAAGAUGCAGGACGAGUGGUGGUUGAACGUAGCCGCAGGCUGCUGCGGUGACGUGGAAAUGGCGAGGAACUUCUUAGAUGUGGGAAUCAGCAUGACGGCAAGUUUUCCACUGAUACAGGGCGAGAGAUUAGGCACGAUAGACUGGAACGAGAGGCAUAUGUGUACGCCGAGCGUGAGCUGGCAUCAUGUGAAUACAAGGGAGAUUCUCGACUUGUGGGAGCUGAUGAUGGCAUGGGUGAAAGAGCACGGCUGGGAGAAGCCGUUGAUGUUCCGUGAUAUCUUUUCGAUGUAUGUCGAAAAGCACGUUCGCGAACGACGUGACGACUGGGACAACAUUUCUGAUGAUUGGAAAUAUGUUAAGCCUAAGGAUGAGAUGGAAGAGACGUGGGCAGAGCUGGAUGAGCUGGAGAAGAAAGCUGUUGAGUCAUUCGAAGACUGUAGAAGCGCAUGCUCUGCAAUACCGACUUGUCGCCAAUUCAAAUGGAAGGUUGGGGAGUGUUAUCUGGGCGAGAACAUCAGAGUUGGAACUGUCAAGACUGAUUCGAACAUAUCUUCAGGCUGGUUACUGGAGAGAGUGAAGGAGUUCGGCAAGGUUUACGAGGACUGCGAGCCAAAUUGGGAAUUCAACCAGUAAAAUACUAAUUGGA